CUUCGAAGUAAAAUAUUGCGCAUAGAAUAAAGAGGGAGAUUUGUUCUAUCAAGGUCAUUCGUUAAUUUUCUACAUAUAAGUGCAAUGUUUACAUUUCCAUCUCAUCUUGGAUCUUGGAAGUCACAAAUAUUACGAGCAGCUUAGUUGUUUAGAUUCUUUACAAUUACUUUCUAUCCUUCAAAUUGCGGAGACACCAAGAUUCAAUCCCUCCGAUUGCAGAGGAUACAUCAGGCUUUGGAGCUUGUACAAGCAGCACUGCUGAAGGUUCUCGUUCAUUUGGGGUCGCCUCUUCCUCGGAAGAGUCAGGACGCUUCUACAAUGUGGGGGAUGGACAGCGUUUUCUGAAGAGGUGGCCCUCUACGCCUCAACCAGGCACUCGUGUUUGGAUACGGUAUGGUGGCACAGUGUGCUAUGGACAAGUAGUGCAUUGUAUGCCUGAACUUAAUAUGUUCACUGUACGACCAGCUGAUGGUGGCUCUAGACUUGUCACUCGUGGUCUUGAAGAUAUUCUACCUUCUACGCCUCAACAGUCAAUCUUAACUCCACCGACAGAAGACGAAUGGGAUAGUGACCUGAUUGGAUGUGAUGAAAUUCCCCCGAAUACACACAGUAUUACAGCUUUCCCCACAAAAUGCGAGGCCACUAUUUCGGACUCCUUUUCUUACCCAUUAUUCAUCGAUGUACCAUCUAGAGCAUCUAUUGAUGAAGGGUCAUCUUUUGAAAAAAUGACUACUUUGUCUGGUCUGCCAUCAAACUCUACAGCCUCAUUCGGUCUUUCACCGAUUCUGGGCUCCUCAGAUGUAACUGAUGUGAAUAUCCCUAGAGAACCUGCAGGACAUUUCGAUGUUUCGUCUCAUAGGACAUUUGCCGAUAAUAAUCCCUACCCACACAAGUCAACACUUGGUACCAGUCUCCCUUCUCGUGGGUCCAUGGAUCCCUCAUCUGUAACACAUCUGGUGACUCAGAGGGUAGGUUCCUCGAACAGUGAUAACUGCUUUCACAAACGUUGGGACACGUUUUCUUCCCAACCAGAGCUAUCUUCUAAAGGACUGAUAAAAACACAUGAUGAAGACUCACCUCUUGAAGUAAAGCGAACCUCCAUUCCAUCUCAAACCACAAGUUUCCGAAAUCAAGCCUCAACAGAUUAUGUGAUUGAAGCUGUUUUGCACUGGAUUGAGUCUAUUUCUCCUAAUACAUCUGAAUCUAGCACUUGGGAGAAAGUAGACAUAAAUGAACUCAAAGAAACUAUGAAAACAUUAUUGGCAUCAUCAAAUACAUGUGAAGGGGACUAUGCUCAAGAACAUUCUGAAGAUCACCCUCAACCAUCUGUUUACUCUCCAACAUGUUUUGAACAGGCUCAUUUUUCAGUAAUUGAAACAAGUUCGGAAACCAGCAUGCCUUCACCAUCUAGUAGUGUUUGUUUAUGCCCCAAAUCAAGUUUAGCCCUAGUAAAUAGAGAAACUGUUGUUUCAAAUUACCAGUCAACUCGUUUCAUGAUCACUGAACCGCAUCAACAACAGGAUGGAUCACAGUAUUGUCUUCCGAACCCUUCAUCUACAUGUCCAAAAUGUUUCCCUAAUUUGGGCGCACAAAAUUCACUAGAGUUUGUCCGGGAUAAGAUAUCACCCUGUGAUUGUAAAUCAUUUCAAGGGGAUUCAAAUAACGCAAAUUCGUUUCAUCUUGACCCAAUUUUUGAAAAUACUUGUGUUAUUUCUCCCAAUUUUAUCCACACAUCGUUGGAUCCUAAGAGUGAUAUUUUCACCAGUUCCGAACCUUCAUCGAAUCCUCUUGUUUAUGCUCAACAAAUUCUUCCAUCAUUAAUUAACGAACGUGGUUCAGUGAGUUUUCAGUUAUUGUCUUCCAUAUUGGCUCAUAGUCGUAUUGAAUGUAAUCAAGAUUGUCAAAGAAGUAUGCUUUUAGAUGGAUUAAAACAAGCAUUCAGUUCUAUAAUGUAUUCACCCACUAGUGUGCCUUCAACACCGACAACCAAUGAAGUUUAUUAUGGUGCAGAUCCAGUCUACUCUAGAAGUCAUUCGUCAAUGCUACAUGAAAAUAAAGAACAACCAAAUACUGGAUGUACAGUUCCUGUACGUAGACACUUGUCUUGUGUUGGAUUUACGGAUAGCUUAAGUCCUGUAUCAUUGAUAGACAGUCCAACACAUAAUUUAAGUGAAGCUCAUAAUAUGUUCCCACGUCCUUCAGAAUCAGGUCCAUACUUUUCUGAAAGUUGUCCGAGUCAUAUAAAUGUUGACCAUCCUAAGGAAUUACAGACGACUUCCUUAUCAUACCCCAGUGGUAGUGCCGAAAUGCUUCAUCAUGUAUAUUUCCCACCCAGAAGUCAAAAAUCUAAGUCUGGAGAGUUUCUUCGGCCGGAAACUUCUCACACAGUUGAACAAGGGUACACCAUUCAGUUGAACACCUCAACCAAUGAAGCUUCAAUGAAAACAAAUGUUGAAACAAAUAAAACAUUGAAAUUCCAAGUUAACUGUAAUUCUUUCGUUUCACAACCUCGAAAGUUGGAUUACAGAGAUUCAAUCAGUGGCAUACCUUUACGUGUUGGUUUACCACCAUCAACUACUACUAGUGGACGUAUCGAUGUUCGUAAAUGUCGUAAAGUUUACGGGAUUGAAAAUAGAGAUCAAUGGUGUAAUCAGUGCAAAUGGAAAAAAGCGUGUCGACGUUUUCCAAAUCCAUGCUCAGUGUCUAAACAUGCUCAAGGACUAAGUAACCGUAAUCUCCCAGCGGAAAAAUGUAGCCGACAACCUCUUGAAUCUAAUGUAGCUGAAAUGUGUGUCAUUUGUUCACCAGCAUGUUCAUCUGAUGUAACUCUCCCGCCUAUGACUUCUCCAAGUAGUUGGUCAAUUUCAAGUUCUAUCUCUGGAAAAUUAUCGGAUAAUUCGACUGUUCCUUAUAAAAAUUUAACUGGUCAAUGAAUAUAUCUAUAUAACUAGAGUAUUUUUUUAAAAGUAUUCUAAGCAUCCCUUAAUCUUACGACCUUAUAAUACAAAUUUAAUUCUCUGAGUAAUUUUUCGAUCUUUCUUGUAUUAUCUGCUUUUUUUCUCAAUAAUCAUCAAUAAUAAUAUCGUCACUUAUUUUUGCACGAUCUCUAAACUGAAUUAAAACAAAUCCACAAAAAUACACAUUCAUUCAUAUUAUGUAAAUGAAUAAAACAACCGGUUCAUUUCAUUGGUUCUAUAUAUGUAUGCACACACAUACAUAUUUAGAUCUAUCUAACCAUAUCACAUGUGCCAUUAUUGUUGUUACUGCUUUUGUUUUAAUACAGGCGUUUUUAUUCAUCGUUUCCACGUAUAAUUCCUCAUCAUAUUAAUUCAUAAUUUUUUAUUUAAGGAGUUCGAAUAAAAUCUCCAUUCAGAGAGAAGUGCUAGUCUGCACAAAUAUUUUCAUCUAAUAUACUGUGCAUUUCAACUAUAAACUAUUCCAUGAAUUUAUUCAUUAUCCUAUACAUAUUAUCAUUUUUCUUCUUCUCUGUCUUAUUAAAGUACCAUAUUUUGAUUCUUUUUUGUUUGAUGGACAAAUCAUUGAAAUACUACCGACAUCAUAAUUGUUGUUGUUAGCAUGUUACCAAGUGUUGUUGUCCCUAUCCUCAUCACUAUUUCUAAUCAUAUUUGUAAACACCGGUUUUUCUUUUCACAUUCCAUUGAAAUUCAUCUGUUCUGGUCUCGUUUCUAUCUUGACAUUGUGGUUAUUGUUGGUAAAAAUGAAACAAAGUCUCGUUUAGUCCCCACCUAACAUACAUUUGUAUACAAACACGGUGAGAGCAAUUUGUUUCAAUCCAGUCAAAUUGAUCAAUUAUCUAAUGCCAUAUUUAUUAUUUUUUACUUUCACUUCUCUUGUUUUUUUUUCUCAAAAGCCAAAGAUAUUACCUUCCUUCAGCCUCUUUUUAUACGCUCACUCAAUCACCUGUGUCAAACAUACCGGUUUUACAUAUGUCACUUUCAUUGUCUAUUAUUUUUAUUAUUAUUAUUAUUAUUUCCAUUGCUUCUUUUUUUUCUCGAUCGAACAAAUUACAUGGGGAUCUAUUUUUUCAAACUUUAUUUUAUGUUUAUGGUUGUUAUCAUUGUUAUUUUACUUACAUAUGUAUAAUAAAUUAUCAUUGACACUAUACAUGGCGCAGAUAAACUUUUCCUGGUGAGAAAACACACAAAUUGAUGAGUAUAAUUGUUAUUGUCAUUUUUAGGCAAUCACUAUCAGUUCGUUUUUUUUGUUCAUUUCCUUGUUAUUCUUUAUUUGUGCUCAUUUAUUGUCUUCUUCCAUCAUUACCAUUGUCUUUCAUUUCUUAAGAUAUAAUAAUAAUUUGUCUAGAAUUAUGUAUGUAUUCUUGAUUUCUUUUGUUCGUUGUUUUUUUUUAAAAAAAAAGAAAAAACUUUCAACAUGAAAAAUAAGGAUUUAUUAUUCAGAGCAUGAAUUCUAGUUUUCUAACAUAUUUUGUCAUUUAUCAUGCAUUUCAUUCCUAUGUAUUAUAUCAUUUUAUACACAAAUACCCAUCUAUUCACAUUCACUUACACGUAUAUACAUACAUAUGUUUAUAUGUCUUCUAUAAAUAAAUACAUCAUAUUCAUGGUGUAUAUGCAUAUAUAAUUUCUUCGAUUCACAGCUCAAUUUCAUCAAUUCUACUUCAUAGAUAAACAAAUAACACUACAAAGAAAUGAAACUUCAAUCGGAUCUUUUUUUCUUUUUCUUGUUCAGGGUCUCAUUGAUUUCAUUGUGUCUAUUUGAUUAAGUGAUGUUCAAUUAUUUCUUAAGAUUUUUAUUGCUUUUUUCGACAAUAAUUUGUUAUUAGCUAGUAAAUCAGCUGUCUUCCUUGAUUAAAUUGAAUGUUGUCGAAAGGUAUUGUGUAAUUGAUCAUGAGUACACACACACACACGUACAUUUAUAUACAUACCUGCACACAUAAUGUGUAUGUUUAUGUAUUUCAAAGAAAUGGUCUAGACAAAGUCUGUGAUAAGAGAGUUUCUUCAAGUCUUCCUUCAUUUAAAUUGCAUGUUUCGUAUACUUUUGUUUGCUUUCUCUUGUUUAUAUUUUACACAAUAUUUCACAGAUAAAACUUGAAUGUUGAUAUGCCAUUGUUAAUAAUACUACUGUUAUCAAUACUACUAUUAACACCAAUAAUAAUAUUGCCUAAUAAAUAUUGAUUCAAUAGUUG